CUUCCUCCUACAUGCUUUCUUUCACUCCUCCCCUCCCUUAAAUAUUGCUUCUUCUUCACUCUUCCUUUAAGCAACCUCCCAUCAUAUCAUAUCAUUCAUAUCCACAAUCACCCCCCAUCUGCUCGCUCUAAUGAAGUCUUUUUUCUGCUUUACAUUCUCUGACAAAGUAGCCGAUUGCGCCAGCGAUGGCUGCUGCAGCGCCUCUGAUGUCUCCACUUCGGUUAACAAGUUUUCAUGGGAGGAGAUUAACAAACGCACCAGAAACUUCUCCAAACAGAUUGGUUCUGGUGGCUUUAGUACAGUCUACCUAGCUCGCCUACCGGAUUACGGCUUUGCGGCCGUUAAAAUCCAGUCGGUUUGCACCGACCGCCUAGCCCGAAUUCAUGAUCAAGAGCUUCAAAUCUUGACCCGGCUAAGCCACCCGAAUAUUGUUAAGUUUGUUGGACACUGUGACGAUAAAGAAGACGAGCGUGCCCUUGUGUUUGAGUAUGCAUCUAAUGGUAAUUUAUACGACAAGCUUCAUACGCUGACGUGGAAAACAAGAACGUUGAUUGCGUUUCAGCUUGCUUCAACGUUGGAGUAUCUUCAUGGGAUGCAGAUCAUUCACGGGGAUAUCAAGUCUGCGAAUAUACUUCUAGACCAGCACCUAAAUUGCAAACUUUGCGACUUUGGGUCCGCUAAACUAGGGUUUACCUCCAUGGUUUUACCUCCGUCUUCAACAAAGAUGAAUAGAAUGAUUAUGGGAUCGCAAGGUUACGUGGAUCCGCAUUAUUUAAAGACCGGAUUGGUUUCAAAGAAGAAUGAUAUUUAUAGCUACGGAGUUGUCCUUCUUGAGCUUAUCACGGGGAGAGAAGCGUUUAGUAUGGAGAGAGGGGAGAAGUUGACGGACGUUAUAGGUCCAGUGGUGAGUGGGGUUGUUGGGGUGGAGGAGGUGGUGGAUCCACGGUUGAGACAAGGUGGUGGGUUCGAUUUGGAGGAGGUGAAGGCCAUGGUAUUGGUGGCUGGGAAGUGUAUUGGUUGUUCGCCAAUGGUUAGGCCUUGCGCAUCUGAAAUUGUAGCAUCCCUACGGGACAAAUUUCAAUCAAUUACUCAUUAGUAAAGUAAAUUGCUUUCUAUGAUCGAUUGUAUUAAGCUAGGAUAAAUUCUCAUUUUUAUUUUUUGUUUGAAAGUGUGUUGGGCUCGGAAAAUUUGGUAGCCAGCCGACUGAUAUUUCAUUAUUUUUUACUCCCUUCUUCAAAGAAAUGCAAAAUCUUUAUUUAUUUGUU